AUCGCGCAUGCGUCACCAGUUCUGUCGAGUUCUGACGAGGACGAAAUGGCGUUGGUCGGUCGCCUUGUGAGGCCAAGUGUCCUCCGAUGUGGGGCUCGAAAUGCCUACAUAUACACUGAGAAGGAUUGCUUUGGGUGCAUUGGAGGCCCUCUUGGAAACCCAGCUCCUGUAAAUAGUGAGAACCCGAUUUACAGGAAUACUGAGAUCGAUGCCUUGACUGAGAAAGCCAAGGGCGAUUGGAAGAAAAUGUCUCCUGAGGAGAUCAGAAAAUUGUACAAGAUGCACUUUCUGGAGACAGUUGCCGAUUCCACUGCCAACACUGGAGAAAUUUGGAGAGUUGUGGGACAGUCGCUGGUUUGCUGCGCUAUCUCCCUGGUCUUGUUCAUGCUCUAUGAGCGUAAUGCUGGACCCAUCAAGUGCAAGACUAUGACUUACACGUGGAGACUGAAGGAGCUCGAGUUAGAUGUCCGUUCCCGUAAUGACAUCAUGAGCCCGGUAGUUGCUGAGCUGUACGAGGCCAUGAAGCCCGACUUGGAGCGCCAACGUGCCAAGUUCCGCGCAGAGCUACAGCUCGAAGAGAAGUACAAGGAGAGAGUUGCACAGAUCUUGGCCGAGGCUGAAAGCAAAGAAUAGCAUUUUUUAGUUGUUGUCUGACCUGUUUAUUAAUUAUUUACUUUGCUUUUUGUGUAUAUAGUAGUGCCGAACCUUGUGACUUUGUUUCUUGAGCUUUGCCAUAGCUCAGUAGCUGGAUUUCUGUGUGCCACAUUACCCCCAAUUGAAAUCCCUGGUGGAUAGUUAUUGAACAUCAUGAUUUGCGAUUGGAGGAUUGAUUGUGGGAAUGUGGUUCUGUCAAUGUCAAAGCUGAUUGUAUUUGAUGACUGUAUUGAAUCUAUUGAUUCUCA